UGGCCCCACUAUCACAACUUUUUGCUAGAGUUAGGUUGUCGCAACUUUACCUCGAGGUGAUCUACACUUUUCAGGUAGUAUUAGUCCUUGCAAUUAAGAACAAGAUGUCCUACUCAGAGCGCAAUUCCAAGAAACGCAAAACCGAACAUAACGGUCGGGAGGGAGGUUCCGGCAGGCCUUCCACGAUAUUUGACCCAAUUGAAGGUGGUCGGCCAUGGACCAUCUCCGUUGCCAUUCCCAGCAGUAUUCUCUCAGACCUCGCUUCCUCUGACCAGCGAAUGAACCAACCCGCGCGCAUUGCUCGUGCCCUCGCUGCUUUCUCUGUCGACGAAGUGGUUGUUUUUGACGAUUCUCCUCUCGCGACCCGCCCUCGUCACACAGAUACCAGCAGUUACACAGGUGACACCGAUCCAUGCCAUUUCCUCACGCACAUUUUAACCUACCUGGAGGCGCCGCCAUUUAUGCGCAAGGCCCUUUUUCCUCUCCACCCCAACCUGCGACUCACUGCCAUGUUGCCCACUCUCGACAUGCCCCACCACCCAAACCCCAAGGACUGGAUCUCUUAUCGGGAAGGAAUAGUUGUCACUGGUGAAACAAGCACAGGCUCCGGUUCGCUCGUUGAAGUUGGCCUGGGGGAGCCUGUCGAGAUUGAGGCCAAGAUCCCUCCAAAGACACGGAUAACACUCAAGUUUUCAGAGGAUGAGACCCAAUAUCCUGAACCCGUGCAUCCUGCUGCACCAAGAACUGAGGGCGGGUACUAUUGGGGAUACAAUGUCAGAAGGGCCAGUUCCCUCUCCAAUGUUUUCACUGAGAGUCCCUACGAGAACGGUUACGAUGUCAGUAUUGGCACCUCCGAACGUGGUGUUCCAGCCUCUAGGGUUUUCCCGCCGUCUAAGAGAGUCAACUUCAAUCAUCUCAUCAUCGUCUUUGGUGGCCCGCGAGGUCUAGAGUUUGCAGCAAUGAACGAUCAAGAACUCAGCAGUAUGGACAUCCAAGGUCCCAGGACCAAGGAGUUAUUCGACCACUGGGUAAAUGUUUUGCCUGGUCAAGGAUGCCGUAAUAUCAGAACAGAUGAAGCUGUGUUUAUUGCUUUGGCAACAUUGAGAGGUAUUUGGAAUUCUAGUUAGUUUACUGGUAUAGCGAACGAUACCCUUAUUAAGCUUCCCCCUUCAUUUUCUGGACUUCAAAAAGGCAUCUCAAAAUGCUCAUGAUACAUACA